CAAUUGUUGGGCUUCGCGGGUCGUGCUUGAAUUGCAGGCAACGCACUGCCACGGGUCACCAGAAGAUCAGACCUUUCGCAAAUCAACUUUAUAUCACGCUCGCCGAAGACGCAGUCCUAACAGCGAGACACUUCACAGGAUGCAGACAAGAACAACUCAAGUACUUCUUCUCGUUCUCACGUUGAUUCUGGCUAUAUUCCUCCUCAUAGCAGCAUCCAAAUAUGCAGCUUGGAGUCACAGUAUGACCACAGCACCAGGCAGCUGGCUACCUCUGGUAUUCUAUGUUGGUACCAUUCCGCUCGUUUCUCUGGUCUACACCACCGCCCAUCUAGCCGCUCUACAAUUCAACGGCCUCCCGAUCCCUCUAUAUCCCGGUACCCGCGGCCUUGAUCCCUCGUACGACGCCGACUACACCGUCAGCAGCACGUUCUUCAUUCUCACGGUCUCUGUCUUGCACUUCCUCGUAUGGCUCGCCCAAGCCUGUCUCUGCACGGGCUGCGAGCUCGCGCCAAUACUCUCAGGUACCCAAGGCCUCGUCCCGCGCUGGUGUCCUCAAUCCCGCUUUAAAGACUCGGGCAAGCCCGGCCUAGCAGACAUGCUCGGCACGCUCGCCACAGUUAAGGACUUUAUGCAGUGGGUCAUGGUUGUUUUGACAAUCCUGCUCAUCGAGUGUGCGCGACGCGAGUAUAAACGGGCCGAGCAUGUUCGGAGAGAUAUGUUCCGACGAGCAGGCCCCGGGGCGGACUUGGGAGGUCCGGGUGGAGAUGCUAAAAGCCCAGCGCAGGUGCCACUCAGCAAUAUCAGCGGCCCGAGGAUAGUAUCGCCGGAAGAGAUUGCAGCCCAGCAGAAGGCCCAGCAGGAGGAAGAGGAGCGGAAGAAGAAGGCAGCCGAGCAGCGGCGCAUGGCGACACAGCUGCCUAGUGGGCCGGGGGUGCCGGCGAACAAGCCCGACAAUUACUACGGCAAUGGCAUGGCGACCGGGUUGAAGAGAACGAAGACGCUGAAUUAUAUGUACGACACGAGGGUAUAGCAUUCAAUUCUCGGUGCGGCGAAUGCCGAGAGGUGGUUUGAGAGAGGAUCUGUCCGGUUGGGUCGGGUGGGGUGGAUGCUAAUUUGGCAUUGGCGAGCAAGAGGUUGAUGAGGAUGGAGUCCAACAAGGAGAAGAACGUAUCCAGAUUUAUGAAGACACGAUUUGCAGGAGAUAUCCAGGUCCAACCUCCGGUACAGACACAGAUCAAGCCAGUCCAUAGGUAUCAUAAAUUCUAUGGAGAGGGUAAGCAGGAAAUAUGUUG